AUGGAAAGCAAAUAUAAGGGAACGUCAUCGAACUGCGCCGUGUUUUCUCUGCGUCGCGUCGGUUGUGACGUCAGCAUCUUUUGUAAACAAAGCGACAGAGCCAAAAGUCCAAGCUCUGGUUCAGCCUGGAGUCUGUCGCUGACCUCCUCAGAGAUGUCUGAACAGUGGACCGCGCAGGAGGAGAUGUUGCAGAGGUUUCUGGACGCAGCCGCUCGUGGAGACCUGAGCGCAGUGUCCUCUGUCCUGUCCCACUCUCCGUCGCUCAUGAACCAGACCGGACACAACGGAUGGACGGCGCUGAUGUUUGCCUCCAGGAACGGACACCACGACCUGGUGAGGGCGCUGCUGCUCAGAGGCUGUGACAGGUCUCCUCAGAACCGCUCGUCUCAAACCGCCUUUGACGUCGCCAAGUUCUGGGGCCACACUCACAUCUGCAGACUACUGCUCAGUCCGGACACUGCCCGAGUCCCGGCACCGGCCCUGGACUCUGUGCUGGACCGUGCUCUGGUCUCUGGUCCGGUCUCUGAGCAGAGUCCUCAUCAGACGUACUUCAGCGCUGAACCUUUGGACAGACUCAGCGUUAAAAGACCAGACUCGGACUGGAUUAGGACGCGACAGCAGGACCCUGGGACGGUCUAUCUUCUGUUCCACAAACUCAGCCCCAUGAUCCGAGAAGGAGACUCAGGGGGCACUGGCCCGGCCGACAGCAGACUCUGCCGCUUCACAUACGGCGAGUUGAAGGAGCUGCUGGAGCGGCCCGGGUCACAGCUCGUGUUUCUGGGAGUGGAGCGGAGCCUGCCCCCCUGUCCCACCGCUGACCCACAGAAACCUCCAGACCCGGCGCCACGGGCCUGGUUCGCGCUGGGAUCAGACCUGGACCAGUCAGAACUUCUCCAACUGAGCAAAGAACCAAACAAGUGCUGCUUUCCCAAAAACCCCCACAGAGACUUGCUGCGGCUGGGCGAGGAGGAGGCAGGUCUGGUUUCUCACUCACGCUCUGUUCUGGCCUGGCACUCGCGGUACAGCUUCUGUUCCACCUGUGGGGGGCGCAGUCGAGUCGAGGAGGCGGGGCACAAGAGGAGCUGCGAAAACACUGCAUGUAUCAGCCACCAGGGGGUGCACAACACCUGCUACCCACGAGUUGACCCGGUGGUGAUCAUGCUGGUGCUUCAUCCCGACCAGAGCCAGUGUCUCCUCGGCAGAAAGAAGGUGUUUCCUUCUGGGAUGUUCUCGUGUCUGGCUGGAUUCAUCGAGCCCGGGGAGUGUGUGGAAGCCGCAGUCCGAAGGGAGGUCCAGGAGGAGUCUGGGGUUCUGGUCGAUAGAGUUUGGUACGUCUGCUCUCAGCCGUGGCCCAUGCCAUCGAGUCUGAUGAUUGGCUGUCUGGCCGUUGCCGUGACAACAGAGAUCUCUGUGGACCAGGACGAGAUCGAGGAGGCCAAAUGGUUCACGAGACAACAGGUGAUCGACUCUCUGAUUGGUGGAUCUGGUGCUGCGUUCAUGGUUCCUCCGAGACAAACUAUCGCACACCAGCUGCUGAGACACUGGACCGGCCUCAGCUCCAACCUCUGA